AUGUGGUUAAUAAGCCAGCCUAAUUCUGUGAUUUUGGAAGUUAAGGUGGACAACAACGCUAUUGGGCAACAAUUAUUGGAAAGGGUAUGCGAGAAGCUAGAAAUCGGCGCAGAAGCCGAUUACUUCGGACUUCACGUCAGCUCAGGAUCAGGACCCGGGAGAUGGCUCAAUCUCCGGAACCCCCUUGAUCCACACCGCAUCCCUGGCGGACGACUCGACUUGCGAGUCAAGUUCUGGGUCCCACCUCAUCUCUUGAUCAAUGAACAGACCCGCCACAUCUUCUACCUCCACGCUAAAUUGGAUCUCAUCGAAGGCAGACUAGUCGUAGCCGACCAAGAAGUGGCGAGGCGCCUCAUAGCCUACAUAGCUCAAGCCGAGACCGGGGAUUGCGACCCUGACGUGCCCACCCACGUCUACGAGGAAUGUAACAAGAUCGGACCUCAGGGUGAAAAGUCAGAGGAUCAUGUCGACAAAAUCAUUGAAUAUCACUGUGAAAUAGCUGGCAUGAGAGCGUCUCAGGCGGAAUAUCGGCUAUUGAAAGAGAUAUCUAAACUGGAAUCGUUCGGCGAAGAGUUAUUCUUCUGCAAACCGGUGACACAAAGCAAUAAUGCGCAUAACCUGUACUGCCACCUAUUGUAUCACAAACAGCAAGCGGAGGAGCCGAGAGCGAGGGAUGAUCAAGAGAUUGAUGGAGGCGCUACUGUGGGAUGCCUCACGUCCGGGCAGAGUGCUGGGGGCUGUGGAUGCCGGCUGAGUACGUGUGUGGGCGUCGGACCACAUGGCAUAGUUGUGUACAGACCGGCAUGCAACGGAGAGCAUGAUAUUGGAGUUGAAAAACAGAGUAUACCAUACACGGCGAUCCACCGAGCCCAGCCACUGCGCAGGAUAUUCCAACUUUCAUACGUCACGGAGGAAGGCAACGAAGCAACAUUUCAUGUCAAGAUGGCCACGUCCGGCCAAGCGGCGGCUUUGUACAGAGCCGUCACUGAGAAACAUGCGUUUUACUGCUGCGAAACAGUGAGGAGCGAUGUCACUGAACAGUUCAUUAGAGAUCUGAAGGGUACGAUUGCGUCCAUAUUUAACGACUCGACGACUUUAGGUAGACGCUACGUUUUCGACAUACGUAGGACUUGUCGAGAGGUCCACGACCGUGCUCGUCGUGAGGCGCAUGCGCGUAGCGAACACGAGCCCAGGAGCCGACGCCGAUCAGCUUCCGGGACUGGAGAUCAGGAGUCCCGGUCGCGAUCACGCAGUGGUUCUGGCCUAGCAUGUCGCGUCUGUAUGGAUGCUGCUAUGGACACACUAUUUCUUCCUUGCCGACAUGUCGUUUGCUGCGAGAACUGUGCUCCAAGAUGCAACCGGUGUCCGCUAUGUCGCUGUGAAAUAGAGAAGCUGAUGCAUAUUUUUCUACCAGUAGAAUACCAGAAGAGUACGGGCGUUAUAAUUAAAUGA